AUGCCUCCUACCUCCCCUUCUUCUUCUCGCCGACGAAUCCUCCUCCUCACCUUCGAUGCCUUCAACACGAUCUACCAACCCCGCGCCCCAGUCUUCGACCUCUACGUCCAAGCCGCUCAAUCGCGUAAACUCCCCCACGCGCAACACCUUACAUCCGCGACCCUCGGCGCGGCAUUCAAAUCGGCAUUCAAAGCGCAGACAAAAGCAUACCCGAAUUACGGUCGCGAUCUGGCCAUUCGUGGCGAAUACGGUGGUGCAAGACAGUGGUGGGAGGAGAUUGUGAGAGGGACGUUUACAAAGGCAUUGAGUGAUGCAAGGACUGGUGUCCACGACGCGAAGACGGAAACAAAUCCAAACGCGAGCGAGAUCCAGAUACCGGAGGACUUUGUUGAAAGGCUCCAGAAACUGUUUGCCAGUCGAGAGGGAUACGCGUUUUAUCCCGGAGCGGAGAGGUUGUUUGAGUAUCUCCGGCGCGUAAAAAGACAAGGGACCGGACCGGGACCGUUCGAUCGAGUCAUCGUGGGCGUGGUUUCGAAUUCGGAUGAUCGCGUUCCUGCCGUUUUGAAGUCCUUGGGCCUACGGGUGGGGAAGGUCAGGGCUGAUGAGGACGUGGAGAGUAUGCGGCUGCCGGGGUUUGAGGAGCGAGGUGGAGGAAUAGCAAGAGAUCUUGAAGAGGUAGAAGAAGUUGAGGGAUCAUCAGUCCACGAGGAUGUUGACUUCGUGGUGACGAGCUACGAGGCGGGUGUAGAGAAACCUCAUCGAAAGAUCUACGAUAUCGCCAGACGACAAGCCGAGAGGAUUGUCGGACAGGGAAAGGCACUAGAGUGGACCAGGGUGCAUGUGGGUGAUGAUCUAGCGAAGGAUUAUCGGGGGUGCCUGGAUGCCGGCUGGCGGGGAUAUCUUGGAUUGGACGGGCGUAGUCUGAAUGAAUUAGAGGGAGUACCGGGUACCGAUGUGUUUGGGAGUUUGGACGAGCUGGAGGUGACAGCACCUCAUCGUUCUUCAUCUGCCAGUCCGCCUGCCUCUUGCACUCUCGGCAUCGUCAGUCGCCCUCUCAGCUUGCCUGGAAUGUCCCGUCCCUAUCGCUCUAAACGCCAUCGUCCCUGCGACCAAUGCCGCGAGCGAAAGCUUGGCUGUCAAACUGACGGUGGGCUGCCCUGCAUUCGCUGCCGCUCCGCCGAUAUCGCCUGUACUUUUGAGCAUCCGCCGCCCAAACGGCCGCGACGAGAGUCCUCGCAGUCCUCGUGGGUCUGGGACGAUGUGACUCCUGAUCAUAUUCCCCAGCCUACGCAGCCGCUCGAGCAAUCGCAAACGCAGCCUACGCAGCAGCAACCACCCCCCAUCGGCCAAACCUUCAGCUUGGAUGACCUCCCGGUGGACGGUGUCUCCCCGGCAGUCUCCGGCCAACUCGUCUUCGGCCGAUCACCGACACAGUUCGUGCAGUCGCUCGACCAACUUCAGGGAUUCUCAGCUCAGCUGUUCGGGGCCUCUGCAGAGUCUGAUCCCUGGCUCCUACGUCAUUGCUCCUUUGACGAUGCUGGCGUGAAAUGUUUCUACAAGGUGCAUUUCCGGAAUGCCGGCGGCGUGCCCACCGCUGACAAGAUCCCCGUGCAUUUCAUGAUCGCCGCCGACGAGUUGGCCGACGCGGCCAAACGCGAGACAUCCUGUCGACUGCCGGCCGAGGGCAUCACAAGUUCGGCUGCCGCUUCUUCACGCGACGAGCUCAACCGUCUUGUACCCCCAGAAUACGGCCCCCGACUGGUUGCCUUAUUCGUCAAGUAUGUGUUCCCGGCGUUGCCGCUGCUGUCGCGCUCGCACAUGGGCCUCACUCCGUCGUGCUGGACGCCCCAGCCCUGGGUCCUCGAACGCACGCCCGUGCAUCUCCUGGCGGCCAUUUACGCCUCGGCCCUGCCCUUUGCCGUCCAUGACGACUAUCUCUGUGUGCUGCAGACCUACAGCGCGCCGCCGGCGCAUCGCCUCUGGCGGCUGGUCUACGAGCUCAUCGCUGAGGAGAUCCACACUCCGCAUCUAGCCGUUCUACAGGCCGCCAUCCUCUACCUGCAUCGGCCCCUGGACGAUGCCCAAGCCAGCCGGGCCGACACGCCCUUUGUUUGGUCCUGGGUCGGCAGUCUCGUCGGUCUGGCCGAAUCGCUCGGCCUGCACAUCGAAUGCCGCAUGUGGGGGAUUCCUGCCUGGGAGAAACGUCUUCGGCGACGACUCUGGUGGGCCGUCUACGCCGAGGACAAAUGGCGCAGCUUGCUGCUCGGUCGUCCCCCGUAUAUCCACGCCGGCGAAUGGGACGUCGCCGAGCUCGACGACACAGAUUUCCUGUAUCAUGCGCGAGGCGCGGCGUCGGCGGCGUCGGCGGGCGUGUCGGGGACGUUGGACCCGGUUCCAUUUCGUUAUCUCGUGGAUUUGUCGGCCAUCGCGGAGCAGAUCUAUAGCUCGUUCUACACUCUGCGCAAAUCACAAUAUCUCUCGGAACGAUUCCACGCAUCUCAUGAUAUCGGCCGUCCGCUUCUCGAACGGCUCAAUGCCUGGUAUUCCUCACUCCCCGAGACCUUCCGUCUGCCGAACUGGAGCAAAUCCGUCAGCGGGUUAGCACCAUACCCAACCUCCAUCCACUUCGCCUACAUGAUCCUGGUGCUGUUCGUCUACCGCGCCUUGCUAAGACCGAUGGCGAGGUCCUCUAGUCCGCCACUAAUCUUCGAUCUGGAGGAGAUGCCGACGAAUCCUGAUCCAGUCCCCGGGGCGAACCCGGAACUUGAUGCGUCGGCGGACGUCAAUGGGAACGGGGUGGUUGGCAACGAGGAUGAGGAUCCGCCGCUGCUCGAUUGUUUUGAUAUGCCGGAGAUCGAAUCCUUCCCGGCGGUCGACCUGACAGAUCACGGCACCGGCGAGACGAUCUUGAACGCGGCGGAGAGGUGCGCGUCCAUCAUGGUGAGCUUUACGAGACGAUUGACGAGCAGUGAUUUUGUGGGUUUUUGGUACUCGUGGUCCCGCAUUUCCUUCGCCACCGUUUCCAACUUCCUUCUCCUUCUCCUCAUCCAAGCACCCAACGCCGACCGCGCCCUGAAAGGCAAACAGCUCGUCGAGUCCUGGCUGCGCGUGCUACGCUGUCAAAGCCAAAGCUUCCCGAUGAUGAAAUUGGGUCUCACGCGACUCGAUGCCGUGCAUUGGGUGGGUCUGGAACAGACCUUCGUCCUACCGGGCCAUGUGGCCGAGGUGGUGAAGAGCAGCAGUGGGAAUACUGGAUCGGCGGCGGGAAGUUAA